ACCGACCCGACCCGACGCAGGGGCCUGAGGCGCAGGCGCAGUCCGCUGGUAAUUUGGCAGAGCUGAAGCUGGGGGCUGGCUGCCUGGAGUUCACAUCAUCCCUUUUGUUUGCCAUCAUUGACAACAUUUGACUCUUCUAACUUGGAGAAAAUGGUGAAUGUCUUGAAAGGCGUGCUUAUAGAAUGUGACCCUGCUAUGAAGCAAUUUCUGCUGUACUUGGAUGAGUCAAAUGCCCUAGGGAAGAAAUUCAUCAUACAAGACAUAGAUGACACCCAUGUCUUCGUACUGGCAGAGCUGGUUAACUUCCUCCAGGAGCGAGUGGGAGAGUUAAUGGACCAGAAUUCUUUUCCUAUUACACAGAAAUGAAAAAACUAGAAAAUGGGAAUUGACCUAUCUCAGAAACUCUGAAAUUGUAAACAAACAAAAGAACGAGAUUUUUCCAGUUAGCAUUUUAUGAGACUGAUUACAUAGAUAAUUAAGCAUUUCUGUAGCAGUGGUUAUUGCACAAAUGCAUAUCCUCAGACUAAAUGUUCCGAAGUUGUUUGGUUUCUGUUCAAUUCAUAGACAACACGAAUAAAAACUUUACCAGAGUUCCCUAUGA